AUGUCUCUCCAAAAUCGUGCUGCGUGGCUCAUGGCCAAAGAAUCCCCUAUGUUUACUGUGGACUCCGCACCACACACAACUCCCUCAGUUAAUGAAGUCGUUAUUAAGACUAAAGCUAUCGCCAUCAACCCUGCAGACGCCAUCUAUCUGAAAUCUGUGAUGCUCCUGAAAGACUACCCAGCCAUUCUGGGCUGCGAUGUCGCUGGCGAGGUUGUCGAAGUGCACCCUUCUCUAGCCGAAGACUACAGCGUGGGUGACCGUGUCAUUGCCCAAGGCGGAGCUGCAUAUAGGAGAGAUGGUACUUACUGCUACUCCACCUUUCAGGAGUAUGUGGUUGUCAGAGCAGCAAGAAUGACCAAAAUUCCACAACAUGUGGCUUAUGAGGAUGCUGUUGUAUUGCCCCUGGGUAUGGUGACCGCUCUUGCCUGCCUCUUUAUGGAUCAGACGUUGGCAUUGCCAUGGCCACUGGAGCAUGGAGAGAAACCCGGCCAGGGCAAAACACUGUUGGUCUGGGGCGCUAGUAGCAGCGUCGGCUCUUGUGGUGUCCAAUUGGCUGUCCACGCGGGAUACGAGGUAGUUGGAAUUGCGAGCAAGAGGAACCACGAGAUGGUCAAAGGCUUGGGGGCAACCGCGUGCUUUGAUCAAAGUGAUCCAAAUCUUGUUGAGGAUAUUGUGCAGAGCCUGAAAGGAAAAGCUGUCAUGGGAGCUUACGACGCCAUUCAUGAUGACGAGACGCUGAACACGCUUUGCGAGAUCCUUGAUAAGAUUAAUGAUCGAAGGCUGAUAGCGUCGAUUUCACCUGGUGCUGAAGCGAAGGGCACGAGAGGAGUGAAAAUCGUGACCAAUUUUGCAGCAAUUGGGGUUGAAAGCGACAUUCCCAAGCUGGUCUGGCAAUGGAUCCACAGAGCAAUGGAGAACAAGACAAUCAAAUAUAUGCCACGCUCAGAGGUGGUUGGAAAAGGGCUAGAAGAUUUGCAGAAGGCUGUUGAGCUGCUGGGACAGGGCGUGAGUGCGAAGAAGCUGGUGGUUUCCAUCUGA